AUGGCUGUCGUAGCAAACGGCUGCGUGCUGUUCCCCGAUCUAGUGAAGCUACACUCCUCAACAUGGCGGCUUCUCUCCGAAUUUGUGGGCACGUUCCUUCUUGUGCUCACUGUUGGAUGCAAUGUCUUGGGCGGCAAUGUGACGUGGGGCGGAGUGUCGAUUGCCUUUGUUCUCAUGAUCUGCAUCUACGCGAUGGGUGCCGUUUCGGGAGCAAAUUUCAAUCCAGCGGUGUCGGUGACUCUUGGCAUUUCCAAGGCGAUGGGUGGGCCAGGUCUCGAUUGGAAAACAGUUGGCCAAUAUGCGGCUGUGCAGUCGGCAGCCGGCAUUUGUGCCGCUGUCUGCUAUUGCCUCUUGUAUGGCCAAAGCUUCAACUUGACACCUUCUGAUGGAUUUGGCUGGCUGAACGCCGGUAUGUGCGAGUCGCUCUACAUGUUCGUGCUUUGCUUUGUCGUGCUGAAUGUUGCUGCAGCUCGAAAAAAUACAACAGAGCACAACGAGUACUACGGCAUGGCGAUUGGGUUGGUUAUUGUUGCCGGAGCCUAUGGCGCAGGAGCUGUGUCGGGAGGCUGCUUCAACCCGGCUGUGGCUCUUGCAAUUGACGUGUCAAGUGCUGCCCGUGGGUUUGGAUGGUGUGUUCCUUAUGUCCUCUUCGAGCUUCUGGGUGCGGCAGCAGCAGCUGCCUUGUUUAAGGUGGUACGGCCUGAGGAUUUCUUUGGUGAAAGGACGGGCAAAGCAGAGCUCGUGUCAGAGUUUCUGGGUACCUUUGUGCUUGUGCUAACCGUUGGUUUGAACGUAUUGGCCAAGUCCCAAGCUGGUGCCUUCUCGAUCGCGGCAGCUUUGACAUCUAUGAUUUACGCUCUUGGGGACGUGUCUGGAGCUCACUUCAAUCCUGCAGUGACCCUGGCAAUCUUUGCAUCAGGAAGAUGUGCUCAGUUGACCCCUGGAAAGGCAGGCAUGUACAUCGGUGCCCAAAUACUUGGUGGAGUUGUGGCAGCCUUCAUGUAUUCCUUCAUCUAUGUGGGACAGUCCUUUCCGCUGGGUCCCGUCGGCAGCAGCACAUGGUCUCAAGUGAUUGUUGCUGAGGUUGUGUUCACAUUUCUGCUGAGCUUCGUGGUGCUUUGUGUGGCCGUCUCGCCUCGUACGAAGUCUUCACACAUGUUUGGUCUUCUGAUAGGUUCCUGCGUCACUGUCGGGGGCUUUGCAAUUGGCGGCAUCUCUGGCGGCUCCUUGAAUCCGGCUGUCUCUGUGGGAAUUGCUUCUGCAAAUCUCCUGAACGGUGGCCUCUUCUACAAGGCCUUGGUCUAUUCUGCAUUAGAGCUGGCUGGAGGAGCUGCUGCUGCUGGCAUCUUCAAGCUCACGCAUGAUGUUGACCUGGACAUGGCAGAGAAGGAGAAGCUGGUUGCAUGA